AUGAAUUGGGCUUUAGAGGUUGAUAGCUUUACUUUCAGAAUCGAGGCCUCUAGUCGUCCUCUCACAAGACGUGGCAUUUUAGCUACCGUGAAUAGUCUGUUUGAUCCUUUGGGGUUUAUGGCUCCUGUCAUUGGAAAGCUCAUACUGAGACAGUUGAUGUGUUUUGACAAGGAUUGGGAUGAUCCAAUACCUCCAGAUAUUAAGUACAAGUUCUUAUCUUCAAAGGAGUCCUUAGAAACCCGCAGUAACAUCCAAAUACCUAGACCCUACUUUAAAGUGUCUCUCGACAAGUUCACACACUUUGAGCUUCAUAUCUUUUCAGAUGCUUCUGAAUUAGCUAUAUCAGCUGUGGCAUAUAUGGUUGGAGUGGGCUUGGGAGGUAGACACGCCAGUUUUGUUUUAGGAAAGUCUAAGGUUGUCCCUCAAGCAGGACACACAAUCCCUAGACUUGAGCUGUGUGCUGCUGUACUUGCGGUUGAGUUAGCAGAUAUUAUAGUUGAGCACAUAGAGAUAACUAUCUCAGAAUUUAAGUUUUAUACAGACAGUCGUAUAGUUCUUGGUUACAUUCAUAAUCAAUCUAGACGCUUUUAUACUUACGUAGCAAACCGAAUUCAAAGGAUUCAUCGGUCUACCAAACCUCUUCAGUGGAAUUACAUCUGUUCUUCUAUAAACCCAGCUGACAUUGGUAGCAGAGGUUUGAGCCCUGCACAGAGACUAGAAAUUUCCUGUACAAAUCUGGCAGUAUUUGGUUAUUCAAUCCACCUCAUAGUUCCCAUUUUGGUGGAUCUUGGGAACGUAUGA